CUCUAGCAACACAAUCAGUGAGCUGUCACAUUUCCGUUCGGAUUGGGUGAUUCUUGGAUAUUGCUCAUUUUUCCUACAAAUAAGCGUAAAAUAACAUAAAAAUGGCCAAGAAGACUUACGAUUUAUUGUUCAAACUGCUCCUCAUCGGCGACUCUGGCGUGGGAAAAACUUGCAUUUUAUUUAGGUUUUCGGACAAUCAUUUCACGACUACUUUUAUUUCCACUAUCGGUAUCGACUUCAAAAUAAAGACAGUGGAGCUGCGGGGUAAGAAGAUAAAGCUGCAGAUCUGGGACACGGCGGGGCAGGAGCGCUUCCACACAAUCACGACGUCGUACUAUCGCGGCGCCAUGGGCAUCAUGCUUGUAUACGACAUCACCAACGAGAAAACAUUUGAUGACAUCGUCAAGUGGCUCAGAAACAUAGACGAGCAUGCAAAUGAGGAUGUGGAGAAGAUGAUCCUUGGCAACAAAUGCGAUAUGGAGGAGAAGCGUGUUGUCAGCAAGGAGCGUGGAGAGGCGAUAGCGCGCGAGCACAGCAUUCGCUUCAUGGAAACUUCGGCAAAAGCUAACAUCAACAUCGAACGCGCCUUCUCCGAGCUGGCAGAGGCUAUCCUCGACAAAACUGCCGGCCGUGGCACUGACAGCGACGCCGCCCGUAUCGCAGUGGAGCGCCGGCCGUCGCGCGCGCCGCAGCAGCGCGCCUGCUGCACGUAGGGCGCCCGCACGAGGCCGCCGCCCGCGUCGGGAGGCCGCGAGGCCGAGAGGCCGAGGGUGGUGAAGUGGCCAAGGACCGCGCACCCGGAUAGUUAUGAACGACAUUUUGGUGGCCCCAAAACUACAUCGCCGUUCCUACAGUGGGUUCGUUUGAGGGACAGUACAAGUCUUAGGUUAUAAAUGUAUAGUUGUGACAUUUGUUUUCUGUAAUAAUAAAUA